CAAUAAAUUGCAAUUUAAAAGUAUAGUUCACAUUCAAGAAGUUACCAUUCAGUACAAUAAAAUGCAAUUUAAAAGUAUAGUUCACAUUCAAGAAGUUAACAUUCAGUUCAAUAAAAUGCAAUUUAAAAGUAUAGUUCACAUUCAAGAAGUUAACAUUCAAUACAAUAAAAUGCAAUUUAAAAGUAUAGUUCAUGUUCAAGAAGUUAACAUUCAGUACAAUAAAAUGCAAUUUAAAAGUAUAGUUCAUGUUCAAGAAGUUAACAUUCAGUUCAAUAAAAUGCAAUUUAAAAGUAUAGUUCACAUUCAGGAAGUUAACAUUCAGUACAAUAAAAUGCAAUUUAAAAGUAUAGUUCACAUUCAAGAAGUUAACAUUCAGUUCAAUAAAUUGCAAUUUAAAAGUAUAGUUCACAUUCAAGAAGUUAACAUUCAGUUCAAUAAAAUGCAAUUUAAAAGUAUAGAUCACAUUCAGGAAGUUAACAUUCAGUACAAUAAAAUGCAAUUUAAAAGUAUAGUUCACAUUCAAAAAGUUAACAUUCAGUACAAUAAAAUGCAAUUUAAAAGUAUAGUUCAUGUUCAAGAAGUUAACAUUCAGUUCAAUAAAAUGCAAUUUAAAAGUAUAGUUCACAUUCAAGAAGUUAACAUUCAGUACAAUAAAAUGCAAUUUAAAAGUAUAGUUCACAUUCAGGAAGUUAACAUUCAGUUCAAUAAAAUGCAAUUUAAAAGUAUGGUUCACGUUCAAGAAGUUAACAUUCAGUACAAUAAAAUGCAAUUUAAAAGUAUAAGUUAAGAGUACAGUGGUGAUCAUUCAAUUAAUAUCACCUAAUAAUAUUUUAUAAUUUCAUUGUUUAUUGGAAACUUAACUUUAUUUUUUACAGUUAGAAAUAUUCAGUGAGAAACAGUGAUUGACAUAUAUGUACUAGAUAGUAUGAGGCAAGCUGAUUGUGUUCUGCUAUCAUCAAUUACUCAUCAUAUAAUAUGUGUUUUUGAAGUAUCAAAAUUACUAGAAUAAUCCUUAAUUUACCUAUAUUCACCCUAUAGAGUGAAAUUAUAUUAUGACCAAAACUGUUGGGAUAAACCAACCA